AUGUCCUGCUACAGUGGUUUCGAUGACGGAUCUUUUGGUUUCAAUGAAUCCGUAUCGUCCACGGAUAGUGGCUUCGAGAAGAGCUACGAAUCAUCGGAUUUCUCCGGAGGAUACCAAUUAAACUACUCUGGGUGUGAAUUAGCGGGAGUCCCGGAAGUCCCUGUGGAAAUUUCCUCUGAAAAUCAAGACAUUAAAAUGGAAUCCUUUGCCCCGGUUCUGGGGACUUCAACGCCCAUGAAGGGAAAUUCCGCACAGACUGCAAAGCCAAAGAGGAAGUACGCCGUUGGAAAGAAUCGCGUCACCCGUUCACGCAGCCCCACGCAGAUCCUUCGUAUAAAAAGGCAUCGAAGGAUGAAAGCAAACGAUAGGGAGAGAAAUAGAAUGCACACACUCAAUGAAGCCUUGGAGCGUCUUCGGUUAGCCCUUCCCACAUUCCCCGAAGAUACAAAACUCACAAAAAUUGAGACUCUACGCUUUGCCCACAAUUACAUCUUUUCCCUGGAGCAAGUGCUCGAGAAUGAGGGCUCUGUGAAUUUUGACUUGGAAAAGCUCCAAAGUAUCACCCUGAGUGGGGAAAGGAUCACAAAGGAACUCUUCCAUGCUCUCUUCAUUAGGAAUGUUUCCCCGCAUGCAUUUGCAACAUCAGCACCGGGAUUCACCCCCAUGGAUUUCUACCACAGCAUGCAGCACUACAGUGUCUCCCUGAAUAAUCCCCAUCAACCCCAGGAGCAAGGAUUCUCCAAGCAGAAUUACGAUUUAUUCAGAAAUGCCUUUCAUACAGCAGCCAGGAGUCAUGCAACGAUCCCCAGUUACGACUACUUGCAACAGAGCUCUGCGUAUCCUCCAAUGACGAACAUUGGGGAGGGUUUGGGAACAUCAGUGGAUAGGAAUUACCAUCAAUCGAGUAGUUUUUACAAUCAAACUCCUCCGUGGCGAGAGAGUAGUGACUUGCAAAUGGUAGAACCACUACCAUUUUGUGAAAGAUUUUAA